CGGUCUGCAUGUCGAGGCCGUUUUUCAAGUCCAACAUCCCCUUCCAGCCGAUGCCCAAGUCCAACAUUCCCUUCCAGCGAAUGCCUCGCCGGCCGCGCGACCCCUCCCGGCUCUGGGAGUAUCUGCCUGAGGCCAGCAUGCGUCAGUACGCGGCCAUCGCGGAGCUCACGCCCUCCCUCCCGUCUCCCCUCCCACCGCACGGCGUCAAGGCCACCCAGCUCCUCACCGAUGGGGAGACAUGGAUCCAGCGCGCCAAGAAGGUGCUCGAGGGGCCGCCUGUGCGUCCACCUAUUGCUGCAGGUGCCAGACAGUAUCGGUGCCUACAUUUUAUAUCAGCUGGCCCCUUUAUGCCGCCGAUAAUGUGAAGAAAUCUACAUGGCCGGCGAGUGCGCAAGGCGGCGGCGAGGAAGAACUAUCUUUCUGUGUUGUGUGUGUGUGUGUGUGUGUGCGUGCGUCUCUGGAGUUAUUCUGCAUGAAAUGACGUAUUAGCUUGACCAUUAGCUUGACAAAGAAGGCCACAAGACGACCAAGCAUCUUGCUCUCUCUUGCUCUGUCUGUCAGUCGCGCACGUGUAAGGCACAUACGCAGAUUGAUGGAUGGAUGUGUGAAGAUUGAAUGAAUGACGUGUGCAUGGUG